CGCCGCCGCGCACGGAGCAGCCUGGUCGCCGCGGUCGCCGCGCCGCCAAACUUUCCCGGGAGCCGGCUCGGGCGCGGGUGAGGAAAUUGGAGGCCCGGCUGUUUACCCACUCUCCACACAGCCCAGCAAGAGGCAGAGCCAGGGAAUGAGACAUAGCCAUAGGCUACUCUUCUGCCAAUGACCCUUCUCAAUUCCUCCUACGUCUUAGAAGAUAAGAUGUGUGAGGGGAACAAGACCACCAUGGCCAGCCCCCAACUGAUGCCCCUGGUGGUGGUUCUGAGCGCCAUCUCCUUGGUCACAGUGGGGCUCAACCUGCUGGUCCUGUAUGCUGUGCGGAGCGAGCGGAAGCUACACACUGUGGGGAACCUGUAUAUUGUCAGCCUCUCGGUGGCAGACCUGAUUGUGGGAGCUGUUGUCAUGCCCAUGAACAUCCUCUACCUCCUCAUGUCCAAGUGGCCCCUGGGCCGGCCUCUCUGCCUCUUUUGGCUUUCCAUGGACUACGUGGCCAGCACAGCAUCCAUUUUCAGUGUUUUCAUCUUGUGCAUUGAUCGCUAUCGCUCAGUCCAGCAGCCCCUCAGAUACCUGAAGUAUCGUACCAAGACCCGAGCGUCAGCCACCAUCUUGGGUGCCUGGUUUCUGUCCUUCCUGUGGGUUAUUCCCAUUUGGGGCUGGUCUCGCUUCGUGUCGCAGACCUUGAGGCGCCAGGAGGACAAGUGCGAGACAGAUUUCUAUGAUGUCACCUGGUUCAAGAUUAUGACCGCCAUCAUCAACUUCUACCUGCCCACCUUGCUCAUGCUGUGGUUCUAUGCCAAGAUCUACAAGGCCGUACGGCAGCACUGUCAGCACCGAGAUCUCAUCAACGGAUCCCUCCCUUCCUUCUCGGAAAUUAAGCUGAGGCCAGAGAAUCCCAAGGUGGGUGCUAAGAAAUCAGGGAAGGAGUCUCCCUGGGCGGUUCUGAAAAGGAAGCCAAAAGAUGCCGGUGGUGGACCUGUCUUGAAGCUACCAUCUGAAGACCCAAAGGAGAUGAAGUCCCCAGGUGACUCCAGCCAAGAGGAGGACGGAGACGUGGACAACCUCCACUGCUUCCCACGUAACAUUGCGCAGAUGCAGACUGAGGCAGAGGGGAGUGGCAGGGGCUACGCAGCCAUCAACCAGAGCCAGAGCCAGCUUGAGAUGGAUGAGCAGGGCCUGAACAUGCGUGGGGCCAAUGAGAUGCCAGAGGAUCAGAUCCUAGGUGAUAGCCCAUCCUUCUCCCAGACAGACUCAGACACCCCCACAGAGCCAGCAUCGGGGAAAGGCAAACCAAGACGUGGGUCCAGCACAGGCCUGGAUUACAUCAAGUUCACUUGGAAGAGGCUCCGCUCACAUUCGAGACAGUAUGUGUCUGGGCUGCACAUGAACCGAGAACGGAAGGCUGCCAGACAAUUGGGUUUUAUCAUGGUGGCCUUCAUCCUUUGCUGGAUUCCCUACUUCAUCUUCUUCAUGGUCAUUGCCUUCUGCAAGAGCUGUUGCAACGAGCACGUGCACAUGUUCACCAUCUGGCUGGGCUACAUUAACUCCACAUUGAACCCCCUCAUCUACCCCUUGUGCAAUGAGAACUUCAAGAAGACGUUCAAGAAAAUUCUGCACAUUCGCUCCUAAGGGAGGCUACAAGGGGAUGCGACAAAGUGACACUUAGGAUGUCCCUGAAGGAAAUAGAGGAUGAAGGCCUGUGAGUUGCCAGGUACCUUGGCUUUCUGGGGUCAAAAGAAUAGUCUUAGGGUCCAGGUAGUUUGGAAAGUUCUUAGGCACCAUUGGAAGAAUAGCAUAUGGCUGUGGUCAGCA